AUGAUUGUGAUCGAUGUGGGAAAAAGCACUUCCAUACGCUGUGGACCAGAUGGAGAAACCUUUUUCGAAUGCUCCAAACAGUUGGCAUUACAAAUCGUUCAGCGGAUGAUUUUCAGCAAACCACAAAAUGAAAUCGGUCUAGUCCUGAUGGGUACGGAUGAAACCAACCAUCAACUAAAUACUGAUUCUGGUAACAAUUGCGAACACAUUUGUGAAGCGGUAUACAUGAAAUCGCCCAACUGGCAAGCAUUACGCAUCUUGGAGAACAAAGUGAUGCGAUCGGGCAGCGAAUCGAAUUGGUUCAAUGCACUUCUGGUAGCAGAGAACUUUCUACGCACCUCUACGAGUGCCAAAAAAAUAUCCCGAUUUGAUAUUUUUCUUAUUUCGCCGUUAUAUGAACGCGCCGAAGUAAAUGAUGCGGAAUUGCGUAAGUUCGUGGAUAACUUAGAAUCGAUGAUGUAUCGUGUGCACAUCAUAAGCAACCAAAUUGUACAUCCGGCGUCCCUCACCAGGACGACUAUAUUCGACACAUCCGGUACAUUUGACGACACACCUAAAAGUGAUGCGCGGUAUCAUAAUGAAAGCAUAUUGAAGGAUAUUGUGUCGGAUACAAACCACACUCUAACGGAUCUUGCAAGUGCACUUAAAUGUUUAAAUCAUUACGAUGCGAAAACGGUGCGUCCGGCGGCCUGGAACAGCACGUUAACCAUCGGCACAAAGCUGAGCAUCUCCGUCUCUGCGUAUGUCACGAUUCGCGAGCAAAAGCCCUUAGGACCGUUCAAGGUGGACAGUGCGGAUGGUUCGGCGACAAGUGUACAUACCCGAACCGAACACUUCCACAACGAUAAGCGAGUUGAGCUAGAGAUGGAAGAUCUUAUUGACGGUUACAUGUACGGGGCGACGGUCGUACCGUACGAGAGUGCGGUCGAAAUAAACUAUAAAGCGGGUGAAGCGCGGCUCACUUGUCUAGGAUUUACACCCGGUGUGAACAUCCUGGAAGAGUAUCUGUGCGGAAAAGGGGCCCACCUAGUUAUUGCGAAGCAGGGAUGCGUUGGGUCGGAAGAGAAGCUUAGUGCGCUAAUCAAAGCAAUGAUAACCUUGAAAGUGGUCAUGAUUGCGGUGAAAGUUUACCGAAGAGACACAAAACCCCGAAUGAACGUUCUGCUUCCGAUGCACAAAAAACAAUAUCCCUGCUUAACAAUGCUCGAACUUAUUUUUCAAGAUGAAUUAAAUAUGAUCGGGUUUGCUCCCUUGAUGACUGCUAGACAAAAACCUUCUACCGAGCAGUAUGAAGCGAUCGAUCAGCUAAUCGACAGCAUGAACCUUAUGGAAUCCUUCGAUACUGACCGCGGACAAUCGAGCGAAGCAUUUGUGCUCAAAGAUACUUUCAAUCCAACUUAUCAACACUUGUACCGUACAGUGGCACAUCGGGCAAUGCAUCCGAAUGCUACCCUUCCUUCUAUGGACAGCGAGUUGCGCGAGCUUCUGACUGUCCCCAAGAAGCUACAGGAAAGAUCGAUACCAGUGAUGCAGCGGAUUAAAAAUCUCUUUCCGCUGGAAGAGCAGACGCUUCGCUCACGCAGCGAAUGGCUUCAGCGAGUGGCUAAAAUUAAUCUUCCCCAUGAUGCUUCCAUAAGUUCCGGAGCGGGUGGCCAGGUGCCAACUGCUGAUGAUCGGCGGAUCGUGAUGGCCGUCGGAACUGUGACGCCUGCAGAAGAUUUUGAUCUGUUGCUUCGCCGUGGCGAAAAGUUCGUCACCGUUGCCAACCAGAUGCAGAGAGUAAUUUUAGAACUGUGCACAGCAAUGCCGACUCCCUUGUGUAAGAUAAUCAUGGCACUGAUGAUGUACCGUGGAGAAGCACAGAAGCUGGGUCCCUUCCGGUACAACGAAUGGAUGGUUGAGUUUAAGAAAGUUCUUCUUGACCGUCACAAGGCAGACUUGUGGCAGCAGUUGAUUGUACAGGAAAAACUCGGACUAAUUGAUGCGACAGAAAGUGAAAUGAGCACGGUGAGCGUGGCAGAUGCGCUUGAGUUCUACAACGUUCCAUUGAAGGGCAAGUUGGCAGGUGUUGAGCAACCAGAAGAUGAUGUCGAUUUGGAAAAUUUAUUGGCGGAAUUGCACGGCGGUACGGACGAUGGAUAA